AUGACAAAUAAAGGAAAAUAUGUACAGCCUCCAGAGAAUUUAGUAUAUAUAAAACGAACAUUGGAGAAUAAGGAUGACAUCUGGGAGGAAAAUUUGGUCGCUGAAGAACCGAAAUCCAAUCCACAUAAAAAUUAUAUGCCAAACUUUCGUUCAAUCACAACUGUUUUCCCACAUACACCAGCUAUGAACAAUGGGGCAUAUCCUCUUGGUAUUUUAGUUUCUCCAGGCGAUUUCCAUAGAGUUCCAUUGUUAAAUUGCUCAACCCAAUACAUUCCUAAAUGCUUUUCAUGUGGUGCAUAUCCAAACAUAUGCUGCAGAAAGGUGCCUGAUAAAAACUCUGUUAUUUGUCCUAUCUGUGGAAGCGAAAUUACACUUCCAAAAGAUAUGGACGUUCAAAAGCACCAAUUUUUCACAUCUCCUGUAUAUGAUGUAAUCUUACAAGAAAGUACAGAACAUUUAAGUUUAUUAAAUUACGUAAUUUUGAUUGAUACUUCAAAAUAUGCCGUAGAAUCAGGAAUGACAAGAGAUUUUUGCACGUCAUUGAUCAAAAUGGUUAAGACUUGCAAUGAAAAUGCAUCUUUUGGUAUCAUUACUUUCGAUGAAACGCUUCAAUAUUAUGAUUCUUUGAAAAACAGAGUUAUUCAGAUUUCGGACCUCGAUCAUUUCCAGUUUCCACCAUUAAAACUCAGAACACUAUCUGAAAACAGGCAAUGGAUCUUAGAUUCUCUCGAAAAAAUUUCAAAUACAAAAAGUUCUUCAUCUGCUGACAAUUGCUUCCCAUCAGCAUUACUAGCAACUCUUAGACUAUUAAAUGAUGCUGGAGGCUCCAUAAUUGCUUCAGUUUACGGAAAUCCAAAUUAUGGUCCUUUUUGUUUGCCAAAAUCAGCGCCACAACUGAACGAUUUCAGUGAUUUACUAUACAAAGAGACCAAACAAAACGAUUUCUACUUGAAUUUAGGAAAAAGUUUUAAUAUUUCCGGAAUUUCGCUUCAUUUAUUUGCCUGUGUUGAUGGAAGUGAUAACAUGAACAUCUUCGGACUUAUGCCUGGUGUUUCGUCCGGAAAUCUUCGAGUUGUAGAGAAAUAUUCAACUGAAAAAGAUUUUCCGAAAUUAGACUGCUUUAUUAACAAAAUCGCUAAUACUCCUUACUUCUACAACGCUACGUCUACUCUUUUGUUCGAUACUGAUGUCUUUUCCAUUGAUAAUAUUUCAUCAAAUGGAAUUUUCUCGGAUACUAAGGAAUUAUCACUCGGAAACUUCCCAUAUAGCUCUUCCUUGUUCUACGACCUCAAUAUGCACCAGCCAACUAAAAUUGGAGUCGUAUUUUUCCAGCAUUUGAUGAAAUACAAGGAUUACAAGGGAAAUUCCAGGGUCAGAGUAUCAACGCAAUGGUACUUAGUAUCAAACGACCCAACCUGCGUGAAAACUAACAUAGAUCCCGGUGCAUUUUUGGAUUAUGUUGGCAGAAUGUUCGCAAACAGCCUACUUUGCGGUGAUUUAAACAAAUGUCUGCCAAUGAUCAAGUCAAUAGGCGAACAAUUGAUAAAUUCUUUGAUUGAUUACAUGAAAAAUUCCGAAAUUGCCCAAAAGAUCCACAAAUUGGGAGUUGAUGGAAGAAUUCAGGAUAUCAUAUAUAUAAGAAACUCUAAUGUGUUUGAUUUCCUCCUUUAUUUGCAUCCAAGAACAAAAUCAUUCGGACCAAACAACUGUAUCAAGGCAAAACAAGACAUUGAUGACAUUUUCUUCCAAGUUUCGAAGAAAUCUAAUUUAAACUACAUCAAAAACGCUUUUGGUUGUGAAGAUUUGAACUCCCUUCCUUCUGACCUUCCUCAAAUUGAUUCUCAAGAGAAUGCAGAGCUCUGGAAAUUUGUUAGAAGAUAUCCACACGUUUGCCAGGCAAAAAUUAAACUUGUUGAAUAA